AUGGCCACUCAACUCACCCCUUCGAAGCAGGCUGCUUCCUCCUUCGAGAACCUCAAGAUGAGCGACUCCCCCGUUAAGAAGCUCGACUUCCAGUCCGUCGGCAAGGAGAACGCGCCCGCGUCUCUCAAGUCCCUCGACGCGACCACCACCAAGCCCGUCGAGAAGGCCCUCGAGGCUCCCAAGGUUGCUAGUGGUAUCAAGGAGGCCGAGGCCAACGAGCCCCUCCUCCAGGAGAACCCCCACCGUUUCGUCCUCUUCCCCAUCAAGUACCACGAGAUCUGGCAAAUGUACAAGAAAGCCGAGGCCUCUUUCUGGACCGCCGAGGAGAUUGAUCUGUCCAAGGAUCUGCACGACUGGCACAACCGCCUGAACGAUGACGAGCGUUACUUUAUCUCCCACGUUCUGGCAUUCUUCGCCGCUUCCGACGGCAUUGUCAACGAGAACUUGCUGGAGCGUUUCAGCGGUGAGGUUCAGGUCCCCGAGGCCCGUUGCUUCUACGGUUUCCAGAUCAUGAUGGAGAACAUUCACUCCGAGACCUACUCUCUCCUCAUUGAUACCUACAUCAAGGAGCCCAAGCAGCGCACCUACCUCUUCGAUGCCAUUGACACCAUUCCCUGCAUUAAGCGCAAGGCCGAGUGGGCUAUGAAGUGGAUCUCCGACCGCGAGUCCACCUUUGCUCAGCGCCUGGUUGCCUUUGCUGCCGUUGAGGGUAUCUUCUUCUCUGGCUCCUUCGCCUCCAUCUUCUGGCUCAAGAAGCGUGGUCUUAUGCCCGGUCUGACCUUCUCCAACGAGCUGAUCUCCCGUGACGAGGGUCUGCACACCGACUUUGCCUGCCUGCUCUUCUCCCACCUGAACAACCGCCCCAGCAAGCAGGUUGUCGAGGACGUCAUUGUCGAGGCUGUCGGUAUCGAGCAGGAGUUCCUAACUGAUGCUCUGCCCUGUGCUCUGCUUGGCAUGAACUCCAAGCUGAUGUGCCAGUACAUUGAGUUCGUGGCUGACCGUCUUCUGGUCGCUCUUGGCAACAAGAAAUACUACAACGCUACCAACCCCUUCGACUUCAUGGAGUCCAUCUCCCUGGCUGGCAAGACCAACUUCUUCGAGAAGCGUGUUGGCGACUACCAAAAGGCCGGUGUCAUGGCCUCCACCAAGAAGGACACCAGCGCCUCUGAGGGCGAGCAGGCCCCCAAGAACAACGGCCUCAGCUUCGACGAGGACUUCUAG